CGGGUCUGGGGCCCCGGAAAACUUCCCCGCGUUGGUUCAGGAGGGAGAGUCUUUAAAUGCUUCCGUUUAGAAAGUUCGCUCUUUGGUUACUUGAAUUUCUGCGUCUCGUACCGACGUAGGUAUUUGCUUACCCUCCUCCCAGCCAUGUUUCAGUCAGCAAGAGGGAGAGUUUUACGCGCCGCCAUCUCGAUCAGUGCGGGUAGUUGUUACCUACUAUUCGGAUAUGAUCAGGGUGUCCUUGGCGGUUUAGUCACUCAUCCAAGCUUCCUCGAGGCUUUAGGGAACCCCAGCCCAAGCUAUCUUGGGACCAUCGUUGCCCUGUACCACAUUGGCUGCCUGGCAGGAUGCAUUGUCGCUGGUCUGGCUGGCAACAGAUUGGGUAGGAAGAGGACCAUCUUCUGGGGUUGCAUUAUCAUGGUGGUUGGCGGCGCCAUCCAGGCAAGCUGCUAUGGGUCUGCCCAAAUGAUUGCCGGUAGGAUCAUCUCGGGCAUAGGCAAUGGCAUGAAUACCUCUACCAUCCCGGUUUAUGUUUCAGAGUGCUCCAGACCUAGCUCCAGAGGACGUGCGGUUUCGAGGCAAAUGUCCAUUGUCAUCUUCGGAACUGUUGUCGCGUACUGGCUGGACUAUGGCACGGUCAGGAAUCUCACGGGAGACGUUGUAUGGCGCUUCCCAAUCGCCUUCCAAAACUUCUUUGCUUUGGUUACAAUUUUCACCAUCCCGUUCCUACCAGACACUCCGAGGUGGCUCUACUCGCAUGGUCGGAAGGCUGAGGCCAUUUCUGUUCUUGCGAGACUCCUCGAUUGUUCAGAAGAUGAUCCAGAAGUCAAGCGUACCGAGCGCGAAAUGGAGGAUGUUAUUAGAUUCGAGGAAGAGUCUACCAAGCUCUCUAUCAAGGAUCUAAUCAACGACAAGACCGAAGCCAAGAACACUAGACGACUCGUUCUGUGCUUCCUCAUCCAAUUCUUCCAACAAUUCACUGGGAUCAACGUUAUUGCAUUUUACGUUACCAUUGUUCUCGAGACAAACGUUGGACUAUCCAAGGAUCUCAGCCUUCUUGUUGCCGGCUUCAUUCAGAUUGCCUUCUGGCUAGGUACUUUCCCGCCGAUGGUCCUGCUGGAUAAAGCUGGCAGGCGGCCUAUGCUGAUGCUUGGCUCGACUGCCCUAUCGAUCACCAUGGUGAUUUUCACUGCUGGUAUUGCUGUCAAUACGACAGCCUCCUCGAAACUGGCCCUCGCAAUGCUGUUUCUCUACGAGAUAUCCUUCGGCAUGUCCUGGAACAGCAUUCCUUGGCUAUACGCUCCAGAGAUCACGCCGCUGCACCUGAGACACAUUGGGUCGGCGGUUGGAGUUUUCUCAGAGUGGAUUUGGACCUUUGUUAUCGCCCAAAUGACGCCCCCAGCCAUUGCAAAUACCGGAUGGAAGAUCUACCUCCUCUUUUGCAUCAUGCUUGUCCUCGGCAUCCCAUUUACUUAUUUCUUCCUUCCAGAGACAAGCGGGAAAACACUUGAAGAGAUUGACUUCAUUUUCGUCAAACAUCCACGGCAUACAAUGGUAGAUACUUCAGUCCCUGCAUCCGGCACGGAUUCCUUUUCUUCUCCAGAGAAGAUCAACGACGCGCCUGAGCGCUGCGACCAUACCAGCCUAGCGUAGCCCUACGUGUAAACGUUCUCCUACCUGUACUAGAGUAUACUUAGACACCGUCUGUGAACAAAUCAGACUUGGACGAAAUACACUGAUAGAAUGGGCUCUGCUGAUGGGACUUACAUAAAUAGACUGGAGUCCUUGGACAUGUCAGAAGCAGGAUAAAAAGCGUGUCGCCUCGAGGAUCUACCUUGAUGGGUGAGCUGGUAGAAAUCUGUAUGGUAGUAGACUCGAUAUGCG